AGCUUGGUCGAGAUUCAAGUCCGUGAAACUGAUGAAUACUACAAAAAUAAAACACUUUUUAAAAACGUUUCAAUCUUGCAGUAAAAUCAUCGGAGCAAAAUACUAUCACAGUGAAGGAAUUAUAAGCGCACCAGAUGUUGCUUCUCCAAGAGAUACCGAAGGGCACGGGACCCACACAGCGUCUACAGCAGCCGGCGCCUCGGUGGCCGGUGCCAACCUGUACGGCCUUGCCGACGGAACGGCCCGUGGAGGAGUGCCUUCGGCCCGCAUUGCGGUCUACAAGAUCUGCUGGUCCGACGGAUGCUCCGACGCGGAUAUUCUCGCUGCGUUCGACGACGCAAUCGCCGACGGCGUGGACAUAAUUUCGCUCUCGGUCGGUGGCUUCGCUCCUUCUGACUACUUCGACGAUCCAAUCGCCAUCGGUGCAUUCCAUUCAAUGAAAAACGGAAUACUCACAUCGAAUUCCGGUGGUAAUUCGGGGCCCGAUCUUGAGUCGAUCGUCAACGUAUCACCGUGGUCGCUAUCGGUCGCAGCAAGUACCAUAGACAGGAAAUUCCUAGCUAAUGUGCAGUUGGGAAAUAGCAAAACUUAUGAGGGAAGAGCAAUAAACACAUUUACAUUGAAAAAUGGGACUUAUCCUUUAGUGUAUGGAGGAAACGUGCCGAACACUACAGGAGGUUUUGAUGGCUCAAUAUCAAGGUAUUGUUACGAGGGUUCGUUGGACGCGAAGUUAGUGAAGAAUACCAUUGUUUUGUGCGACGAAAUCAACGAUGGAGAGGCACCUGCGUUAGCCGGUGCAUCGGGAACUAUAAUGCAGGGGGAAGUCUUCAACGAUUUUGCCUUCUCUUUCCCCCUGCCAGCCUCUUACUUGGGAUCAACUGACGGUGGCCAAGUUUACGACUAUAUCAACAAAACACGCAAACCAACAGCAACAAUUUUCAAGAGUGUCGAAGCUAACGAGACAUCGGCUCCGUUUGUCGUGUCGUUUUCUUCAAGAGGGCCGAAUGCCAUCACAAGGGAGAUUCUAAAGCCGGAUCUUACUGCACCGGGAGUGGACAUUCUUGCGGCAUGGUCGGAGGGUACUACGGUAACUGGAUUCCCCGAAGAUCCGAGAGUUGUACCGUACAACAUAAUCUCGGGAACAUCGAUGUCUUGUCCCCAUGUCUCUGGUGCAGCGGCAUACGUUAAAUCGUUUAACCCUAAUUGGUCUCCAUCCGCCAUCAAAUCGGCCCUUAUGACAACCGCUUCUCCAAUGAGUGUGAAGACCAACACGGAUGCCGAGUUCGCGUACGGGUCGGGCCAGAUAAACCCGUUGAAGGCGAAAUCGCCCGGUUUGGUUUACGACAUAGCCGAAUCCGACUACGUCAAAUUCUUGUGCGGCCAAGGUUACAGCAGCAAGAGCUUGCAGCUCGUCACCGGGGACAAAACCACGUGCACCGCCGCCAACAACGCCACCGUUUACGACCUCAACUACCCGUCCUUCUCCGUCUCUGCCGCCGCCUCCGGCGGCUCCGUCACCCGCGUCUUCCAUCGGACCGUCACGAACGUCGGAUCUCCGAAUUCGACCUAUAAGGCGGUGGUGGCGGCGGCGGUGGGGCUGAGCAUCCAGGUCCAGCCGAGCACCCUCACGUUCAAAUCGGUUCUCGAGAAGCAAAGUUUUGCCGUUACGGUUACCGCGGCGGUUAGUGGUGCCGUUUUGUCGGGUUCGUUGGUGUGGGAUGAUGGGACCUACCAAGUGAGGAGCCCCAUUGUUGCUCAUGCAGCUUGAUUGAUUAGGUUUCAAGAAUUUGAAUAUUUGUUGUUAUUCUUUAGUGAUUAUUUUACGGCAAGAUUGCAUUUUUAGCUUUUGUCUUCAAGAAUA